AAAGCGAUUGCAUCUCAUAAUAACUCCAUUGCGAGAACCGCGAGACGAGACGGUGAAAAACGAAAGUGCAAAUUGAAUUAAACAAUUCAAACAGUUCCACACUUAUCGAGAUAGAGAAACAACAAGCUCGAGGAGAGCAAGCAAAAUAUUUAAGCGAAAAAAAAGCGGAACGUGAGCUCCAUUUGCAAGUCCGUCCAUCACUGCCAAAAUGUCCAGCCAGCAGAAAAUGUCCUCCGAGAUGGGUGCCGCCGAGCAGUACGAAAUGGAACAGCUUGCCGAUGCGGAGACCAACCGACUUUUGAAACUUAUCCGCACGCUUCGGAUCGAACGGGAAACCUUUCUCGAUUCGAAGAACAAAGCCUUGCGAAAGUUUCGUGCCAACAUCCGGCUGCUGGAACGGGAGAAACAACAGCUCCAGCUGCAGCUGGACUGCGAAGAGAACGGUGUCCAUUCGAAGCGGGAAACCGAGCUGGAAUCGGUACUGGAAUCGACCUACGAAAAGCAGGAGAAAGCGAACCACCAUUUGAAGGCGAAAAAGGACGCACUCUGGGAACUGGAGGGUCACAUCAAGAAAAUUCACCGAGAAAUAGCCGAAAUUCGGAGGAACGAAGUGACCGACAUUCGGUACAACGAAACUAUCGCGAAGGCUCAGCGUUCUGUGCGGAAGUUGGAGAAUCGGUUGGACGUGGUCAACAAAAAGGCGGGCGUGGCGAUGGCGGAAAACGCCCAGCUGAGACAAACGAUCGAUCACAUGCUAACGGAGCGCGCAACGUUUAAUAUUAUGUGGGAAAAACUGGUCGGUAAGUUGAACGAGGGAAAGCGCUACAUGAUGGAUCUGAUCGAUCAGGCAACGUCGGCCUACGACACUCGGGAGGAACUGUGUACCAAGCUGCAGAUUCUGAAAGACAAGGGCCAAAGCGAAAAGAUAGGUCACAUCCAGGAAAUGAGAGAACUGCAGCGAAAACUGGAUCACGAUGCAAAGUUGCAGGAGUUUCUGGGUAUCAAGGGUCAGCGUAGGUCCAACGCGGAGUUGGAGGAAAGGGAGGCACAGAAGAGGCUUAAGAUGUUGGAGAAUCUGGAGAAACAGUACACGGAAUACGAGCAGAUUAUGACCCGGAUAAUGGCUUUCUCGGGGGAGGAUGAUAUCGAUCGACUGGUGGCGAAGUUUAUCAAGAAAGAAGAGGAGAAUUUUGCGCUAUUCAACUACGUGAACGAGUUGAGCCAUGAAGUGGAGACGCUAACGGAGAGCGUACAGAUUUUACAGGAUAAAAUAACCGAACAAAUCGCCAUCAACGAGUCCAAGGAGCACUCGCAGGACGAUAACAUCGAUGCCCUCCGUCAGGAGGAGCAAAACUGUAAGCAGAAUGCCGAUGCCGCUUUCGAGAUUAAGCAAGUGUGGGACGUCAAACUUGACGAGCUGUUGCGUACCGCUGAAAGGAUCUACAAACUGCUCCACUGCGACGAGGCACCGAUACUGAAUUUGCUCAACAACGAAAGCAACGUUACGCUCAACAACGCCAAACUGUUCCUCGGUAUCAUCGAGCGCCGGGUGGCCAACAUGAUCAGCAACGUCAACUACGUCGAACCGACCACGAAAAUCCUCGGGAAGAAGGACCGGGUACCGAAUUUCAACGUUAAGGAGUCGGCCAAAAUUCGGAUCGAGAGAGGCUGAACGGGUUUGUAGUUGAGAUUAAAUGUAUAUAUAUAUUUGGGUUGACUAAACGUGAUCUUGGCUAUAAUAAUCAUCGGCUUCAUGACUUGAAAUUUAUGCUUAUGGUGUGUAAUCAUUGCGCGUUAGAUUAUUUUCUCUCGUUUUCGCUGGAAAUGUGUUAGUCUGGCACAGAAUAUUCCAGCUUUUCACUAGUGGCUACCAGAAUAAGUUAGUAAGUCUUUCACUAAGCACUAUUUGUCAGAUUAUCAUGAGAAUAUAGAUUAACGUUUCCUAACACAAUUAGAUUGCAUCAUUUAUUGAAACUUCGCUCUAGAUAAUCGAUGCCAACUGGAGGAUGAUUAUGCGUUAGCAUGUUCACUAAAUUUGACGUGAAUUUAAAUUUGACUUUUAAUUGGAAAGCCAAACUUGACUAGAUGUUCGUACUGCGGAAAGUUUAUCGUUCAUCUUCAAUCGUAAAUGAAAUAUCACGCGGAAAAUUAGAACCCAUAGAACGAAACUCAAGCGGUCAUACCAGUCGUGUCAAUCUUAUAGUUAUAAUCGGUAAAGAACUUUAAACGUUUUCGCGCAAUUCAAUCUUUGUUGGCGGAACAGAAACGUGAGUAUAAAAAAAUUAAACAGAUAAUCACACACGCAUUCAUACUCGACUCAUUCCUCUGUACACCACAUUACUUCCUCCCAAACCACUCUAAACUAUCGUUGAUUCGUCGUAAACAUUAUCGUAGCUACCUGAAUAGCGUUGAUUGCGUCCGUGGUAAAAACUUCCCGUCAUAUUUCUCGGAUCAUCAUCUGUGUCCUCGUCAUCCAAAGCAAGUCUCGUAUUAUCCCUAGCGUUUGCCCACCUAUCCUUUCCGCCACCUUUGUCGCCACUCUCAUCAACUGAUUCGUCGUUCCCACUGUUGGGCGUCCCGUUCCCGUCCUCGUCAGGAUGAUCCUUAUCGAUAUAUCACAGUUCCACUUUGAAGCCACGUAUGAAGGGCAAACCCGUUGGCACUCGCUGCUGGUAUUUGUAGUAUUCGUCUCCGAAGAAGUUCAACAACGUAAUUUCCUCCAUGAAAAUUCGAUCGUGGAAGAACUUCCAACUAGCCACCGUGUAGAUUAUAAAGCAGACCGGGUUGGCGAGGACCACCUAUUCAAAAAUGACAUUCUUGAUACCACGAAUGAGAAGAUGAUUCCAUUUGAACCCACCUGCGUUCCAAUCGACCACCAGAACCAUCCAACAUACGAAGGAUGUCGCAUUAAACUGUACACACCAAAUGUGACCAGCUCAUGACCUUGGUGUCUUUCGAAUUGUACCUAAAACAAAAGCAUCGAUUAAUUAAACCCGACUUGAGCCACCAAUCCAGCUGUUUCGCUCACAAUAUGACUGAAGUUUUUGCUCG